AUGAGCACGCUGGGGCUGAGCGCGUCGCAGUGCGGCGCCGUGCUGCGAGUGCUGGCGUUCUUGCUGAAGCUGGGCAACCUGCAGUUUGAGCCGCAGCACAACAUCGACGGCUCCAUCGGCACGCGGCUGCAGCGCGAGUACGGUGCGUACCACUCACAUACACUCACGUACUUCCUGCUGAAGCUGGGCAACCUGCAGUUUGCGCCGCAGCACAACAUCGACGGCUCCAUCGGUACGCGGCUGCAGCGCGAGUACGGUGCGUACCGCUCAUAUACACUCACGUACUUCCUGCUGAAGCUGGUCAACCUGCAGUUUGAGCCGCAGCACAACAUCAACGGCUCCAUCGGCAAGCGGAAGCGGCUGCAGCGCGAGUACGGUGCGUACCGCUCACAUACACUCACGUACUUCCUGCUGAAGCUGGGCAACCUGCAGUUUGAGCCGCAGCACAACAUUGACGGCUCCAUCGGCACGCGGUUGCAGCGUGAGUACGGUGCGUAUCACUCACAUACACUCACGUACUUCCUGCUGAAGCUGGGCAACCUGCAGUUUGAGCCGCAGCACAACAUCAACGGCUCCAUCGGCAAGCGGCUGCAGCGCGAGUACGGUGCGUACCGCUCACAUACACUCAGUAUCCUGCUGAAGCUGGGCAACCUGCAGUUUGAGCCGCAGCACAACAUCGACGGCUCCAUCGGCAAGCGGCUGCAGCGCGAGUACGGUGCGUACAACUCACAUACACUUCCUGCUGAAGCUGGGCAACCUGCAGAUUGA